AUGCUUUGCCAUAUGAACCAAUGUAUUUUGCAUCAUCCCUAUCUCUUUCGCAAGCGGCUGCAGUCAUUUGAAGCUGCAGUACCACUGAGUUUCAUAACUGAAAUCCUCCGACGGUCGUUUGGGUAUGCAGAACAAUUGAUCUCUACCGUGAGAGCGAUACAGGAGCUUGGGAUGGCCAUCAGCUCAUUUUAUGGCUAUCCAAUGGUUGUCGGGGGAGUGAUUUGCAAGCUCUUCUCCUACCAUAACGACAUUGCGACUCGUAACACCGCCAAACGACUAUACCGCCAUACCUUGGAGUUUCUCGACCAGGGGCGCAGUCUUUGGGGACAUUAUCCCAAGAUGGCCAUUGCGUUAGAGCAAUUCAAACCAGAUCCUCUGGCUGCUAGAGAGCUUGUCACUGCUUCUCGAUCCACAGAGCUCAGUGACGACCCCAGUUUUCAUUCCAUCGAACACCUCCUUGAUUAUGGCUGGCUCUCCGAUCCCGCCCGAUCCAUCUCUUUGGCCACGAAUGUUGCAGAUCCAUUGCAUCACAUUUGGUUCGAGUCUUCUGCGUCCAGUGAUGACAGCUCAGUGUCCAAUGGAAAGGAUUGUGAAGUAUCGGGUAUUUCAGAAGUGCAACAAGUACGACCCCUUGAUCAAAAUCGCUUUGACGACGGCGGCGAUGUCGUACUCAAAGACAUCAAUUUUGGUGGCGAGAUACACCAACACGAAGGGUUCGACAUGGACUUGAUAAAUCACCUUGAACUACCAAUGCAAGAUUUCUGGGAUAACAGCCUCGGGGAAAAUCACCAUUCAUUCCCUUUGUUGGUACACCGACUAGGGUGUGAUAAUAGUAGACUGGAGAUCAGCUGUGAGGAGUCCGGCUAA